AUGAGAUUUUGGCAAGAAUUUUUGAUAAUUGGUUUUGUGAUAGCGCCGGUGGUUACAAUUCGAUGUAAUGAUGGUAAGUUUUUUUCGACUCACAAGAGGAAAACCUCAAGUGCGACGCUAAAAUUACUUUAAGUUUUCAACACUUUCCGCAUAGACUACGUAUCAAUUCUUGAAAACUUUAGCUCGCGCUGUAUAAGCGAAGCCAAGAUAUUCAACGGUCUUGUGAGACCGAGAGAGUACAGUGAGGGGCCUGAUCCAAUGGCAAAAAACGUCUCAUUUUGCAUCCCGGAAGGGACCAAAAUGACUCCAAACCCUUCCCUUCUCUAAGCUAAAAAACUCCGCUUUGAAAAGCGCGCCAUUUCCUUCAAGGUUGCCCUUUGGGAACUUCCAAACAUUAUUGGUAAAAAAUAAAAGUAAAUUGCUGACAUAUAUAAGUGAAUAGUUCUGCUACCAGGCUGAUUAUCAUUGUAAUUUCAGGCAACGUUUACCACGGAAAGCAGGUCCUGACAAAAAUGAAGUGCCCAAGGAAAGUGGAAUGGUGCCUAAAAUACGGUGAUCAAAAAGGAGCAGACUGGUUUCUGUAAGUCAAAAAAUAAGAACAACCAUAUCCGUCCCCGUUUAGAAUGUGCGACUACGAAAACUUCUGCGGCCAUCCGGAAAAGCAAAAGAAACCUUUUCAGUACAUCUGCUGCAAUAUUGACUACUGCAACAGCUCAGUUCGUCAAAUGCCACCGACAUAUUCACUAAUCUUCGCCUCACUGUUUUUGCCGAUUCUUGCUAUGGGAUUAUGGUCUUAA